CACUUCAACUCAAAAUUUCUGUCAUUCAAUUUCAAAUACUCGUAUAUAUAUUUCGUAAUAAACAACUCUUAUCGCAUUUUUGAUUAUUGUAUUAAUGUAAAGUGUAUCUAAAAUAUUUAAUCAGCUCCACCAUUGUAAAGAGUGCUGUUAUUAGAACAUUAAUUCACGAUGUUGAGUGAAAAGGUUGUUUUGUUCGUUUUCUUCGGUGUUUUUCAUACAACUGAGCAGGCUUCAGUGAAAAUUUCUGUGUUCUAUGAAACACUAUGUCCUGAUAGUAGAGAUUUCAUUCUCGAACAGUUUUAUCCAUCAUACAAAAAUAUCGGUAAAAAAUUUAUUGAUAUAGAUUUUGUUCCAUAUGGACAUGCGACAGAGUGGAAAGAAAACGGUACUUGGAAAUUCACCUGUCAACAUGGUCCCGAAGAAUGUUUCGGCAACUUGUACCACUCAUGCGCAUUAGCUUUGAAUUCAGAUAAAGAUGCCACCACGAAUUUCGUUAAUUGUUCGAUGGGUGGGGAUCCUAGUUCUGUAAAAUCUCUAGAAGAGUGUAGCAAAAACGCGGAUAUAUCGUGGGAGGAUUUAAAUAAUUGUUACAAAGAUACCGAAAAGUCUUCUGAAUAUUUACACGAAAAUGGGGAAAAAACCAGGGCUGUAGAAAAUACGAAGUUCAUCCCAACUAUCGUACUUAACGAUAAAUUCGACGAAAAUAAUCAAAAGAUGGCGCUGAACGACUUCGAAAAACUGAUUUGCGAUAGUUUAAACAACGAACCCGAAAUAUGCCAGAAGCAACAGAUACAAGCUGAAAUGGCACAUGAAAUGACUGUUUCCCUUUUUUACAAACCAUUCGGCUCCGAUAGCAUCGAGUUUAUUACAAAACAAUUAUUUCCAACAUACAAAAUUCUAGGUAAUCUAUUGAAAUUGGAAUUAGUGCCGUAUCCAAAAAUAUUGGGAAACGUGAAAAUGAAUGAAACAAACCCUAUAGAAUACUACGCUACAAUCAUACACGCAUGCGCUAUAAAUAUGUAUUCUACAGAAGAAAGCACUGAAUUUAUAAAUUGUGCUAUGACUACGAAAGAUUCAAAUUUUAAAGAAGAUAUUAUAGAGUGCAGUGAUGAAUCUGGAUUGAACUGGAAUGAUAUUGAAAGAUGCUAUAAAACAGGACAGUAUCAGAAAUUAUUAAAACAAUUGAUAUACCGUAUUGAACAUGUCGAUCGUAAAAUAGAAAGUUUUCCCACGAUAAUUUUAAGCAAUAAAUUCAACAAAACUAUACAAGUAGAAGCGAAAUCCAAUUUCAAAAGUUCAAUUUGUGAAUUUGUACUUAACGAACCGGAAUAUUGUAAUCGUGAUGAAUUUACCAAUGCUUUAAAAGUUACAAUUUACUACGAAUCAUUAUGCCCUGAUAGUGUUCGAUUCAUUGGACGCCAAUUAUACCCGUACUGGAAUGAUCUUGUCGAUUACAUCGACGAAAUGGAAUUAGUACCUUAUGGAAAAGCAACACAUAUUUUCUAUCAACAUAACGUUACAUUUAACUUACCUGCUUAUUACGAGUUUUCUUGUCAACACGGACAAGAAGAAUGUAAAGGAAAUAAAUACCAAGCAUGCGCAUUGGCGCAAAAUAAAGGAAAGUACGUAGAAGUACCUCUGAUAUUUUGUAUCAUGAGAAAUAGAAAUCCUUCUUCGUUUAACGUCGUUAAAAACUGCGCCGAACGGUAUCGAUUGGAUAUAUCGAAAUUAAAAGCUUGUUGUGAUAGUAUAGAGGGAGAUCAACUUUUAGCUAUUAAAGGAGAAAAAACGUGGGAAUUGGAACCGAAUAUUUAUUUCGUUCCCACUAUAGCUUUUAAUGAAAAAUUCGAUCGGACGACUCAGAGUCAGUCGUUGCAAGAUUUUGUAGCCGUUGUUUGCAGUAAAAUACAAAAUAAAACAAAACCUACCAUAUGCGAUGGGAAACAGUUACCCCUAAUAGAUUAUUAAUAAUAAUAAGAAUAAAAUUGAUUUGUAAUUUUAUAAAUUUUUGAAUAUAUUUUUUUUCUUUAUAUUA